GACAUGGCGGCCUGAGCGCAGCGCUCAGCCUCUCUCCGCUCCGCAGAUCAGGAAGUGUCUGCAGCGUGUUGUCAAGAUGCAGUAUUCCCAUCACUGUGAGCACCUGCUGGAGAGGCUGAACAAGCAGCGAGAGGCCGGAUUCCUCUGCGACUGCACCGUGGUCAUCGGGGAAUUCCAGUUCAAAGCACACAGGAAUGUGCUUGCCUCCUUCAGCGAGUAUUUCGGGGCCUUUUACAGAGACGCAUCUGACAACAACGUUGUCUUGGAUCAGACUCAAGUGAAAGCUGAUGGAUUCCAAAAGCUCCUGGAAUUUAUUUACACAGGAAAUUUAAACCUUGACAGCUGGAAUGUGAAAGAGAUUCACCAGGCUGCCGACUAUCUCAAAGUAGAAGAAGUGGUCACUAAAUGCAAGAUCAAGAUGGAGGACUUUGCUUUUAUUGCUAAUCCCUCUUCCACAGAGACAUCCAGCAUCACUGGGAAUGUUGAAAUGAACCAGCAGACCUGCCUCCUGACUCUCCGAGACUACAACAGUCGGGAGGAGAAGGAGGAUAACGCUGCUGCAGAGCUGGUUCCAGCCCAGGCAAAGAAAGCAGCUCUAGAAAAGAAAUCUCCUCAAGCCAAAAAGCGAAAGAAGAAUUUCAGCCCCCCCAAAAGCACGGAGAACAAAUCCCUGCACUAUCAGAACGAGGUGGCUGAGAACACAUCCUUUGAGAUGUUUUUAGAUGCAAAUAAGCUGGCCACCCACAUAACAGAGCAGGCUGCCCAGGGCAGCGAUAACUCGGAGCUGCAGCUGGCAGCGGUGGUGGAGAGCGAAACGCUGGCGGCGCAGGAUAUCCUGGCCCAGAGCAUGGCAGCCAAACAGAAACGGGGCAAGCCUCAGCAGAGCUGUGCCCUGAAGGAGCACUGCAUGUCCAGCAUAGCCACUGACAGGGGCACUUACCAGCUGGAGAGCUCGGGGGAGGAGCUGGAGCAGAAGUUCUCCAAGGCCAAGCCGGUGUGCACCACGUGUGGGAAGGUGUUCUCCGAAGCCAGCAGCCUCCGGCGGCACAUGAGGAUACACAAAGGGGUGAAGCCCUACGUGUGCCAGCUCUGUGGGAAGGCCUUCACCCAGUGCAACCAGUUGAAAACACAUGUAAGAACUCACACAGGGGAGAAGCCAUACAAGUGUGAACUGUGUGACAAAGGCUUUGCCCAGAAGUGCCAGCUGGUGUUCCACAGCCGGAUGCACCAUGGAGAGGAGAAGCCUUACAAAUGUGAUGUCUGCAACCUGCAGUUUGCAACCUCGAGCAACCUGAAGAUCCACGCCAGGAAGCACAGCGGGGAGAAGCCGUACGUGUGUGACCGCUGCGGGCAGCGCUUUGCGCAGGCCAGCACGCUGACGUACCACGUGCGGCGCCACACCGGCGAGAAGCCCUACGUGUGCGACAGCUGCGGCAAAGCCUUCGCCGUGUCCAGCUCGCUCAUCACCCACUCCCGCAAACACACAGGAGAGAAGCCAUAUAUCUGUGGCAUUUGUGAAAAGAGUUUUAUUUCUUCUGGAGAGCUCAAUAAACAUUUUCGGUCCCAUACAGGUGAAAGACCAUUUAUCUGUGAAAUGUGUGGAAAUUCCUACACAGACAUAAAAAAUCUUAAGAAGCACAAAACAAAAGUUCACACAGGACCUGAAACUUCUCCCGAUUCUACUGCACUUGAUAAUUCUUUCAACGAACAAGAAUCCAUUCAGAGCCAGAAAAGUCCUUUAUCAGAGUCCAUAGAUGUGAAACCCUCUGAGAUGUCUUUAGCACUUCCUCUCCCCAUUGGGACUGAAGACCAUCAGAUGCUGCUCCCUGUGACAGGGAGCCAGUCCCCUUCAUCAGAAACUUUACUGAGAUCUGCUGUGACAGGAUAUUCAGAACCUCAGUUCAUUUUCCUGCAGCAGUUGUACUGACAGAGCAGU